UUCGGUACAUUCGCCAUGGAGUCUUUCCCGCCUGAGCUCUUAGCAAAAAUCUUCAGUUACCUAAAUGGUAAAGACAUCGCCUCCGUCGCUCAAGUGUGCCGUUCAUUUUAUAAAGCGAGUGUUAUAGAAAACAUCUGGCGAACACGAUGUGCCGAAGAAUUUGCUGUGGACGUGAGUCACGUUGGCCAAUUUGUCUUCAAGGACAUUUACACAAAGCUACUCCACAAGUAUCGGUUUUACCUGGGCCUCUGGCAGCCGCAGGUGCCUUCUUACGGGGGUCUUUUUCAAGUAUUGUUUGACCCCCUGCUUGCUACCAUAGUGGGGCAGGAGCUCCUACCUCCAAGGGACCGCAUCACUGAGCCACUUCGCAAAAAAGUGCUCUUUACCAUUUCGCUUGACGACGAAUAUCAAGUUGUCUGUCUUGGAGGCUACAAGGGACCCCACAAUGCUGUUUUACAUGAGAUUUCCGAGGAUGAGUUCGUGUUUAAAUGUUGCCAGACAGUCCACCAUCGUCACCCAUGUGGAAGACUGCAGGAACUUCAGGACUGGCUUCGUGAGGAGACUUCGGUGCCUCUGGAGAGGCAUGAGUUUUCACACAGCUGGAACCCGCUGUGUUUGAAAUUUUCGGUCUUGAGGCAAUUAGAUUAUGAAUUUGAAUACAAGCGAGUUGAUCUGCAAGCUCCUUUGACUGGUGUGCCCAUUCAGCCUGGCAUUUUUAAGGGCACCUAUGGUAUGCAUGGUCUCGAGUUGAUCCAGCUAGAGUACAUUAACAACUGCACAAAGCUUCGGGCCUGCAAGCUCUCGGGUGACCCCAACGUGCCAUCUGGCAAGGUGACGUUUGUGGUGGCGCUGCAGCACUCAAUGGUGUUAACAGCACAGCAGCAAGCCUCCAUUUCAGCUUUGAAUGCCAUCGAAGUGCGUGUAAGUGACACCCGGUACAACAAGCCACCCACACCCCAACCAUUCAACAUCCCACAGGGAUGUCAUGAAUGCUUUUAUGAAAUCCCCGAGACUUGCAUUGCAAGGUACCACGGCAUGGGCCAAGUUGCUGGUCAUGGUUACAGAAACCCAUCCUACUCACGAGGUCACUGGGUUGUCUUCAAUGAGGACCUCUUUGGCUUCCUCUGGCUAGAGCUGCUUUCAUUAAGCAUGUUCCACAGAGUUAAAGAGGACCUUGCUUAGAAAGUCCCCUCCCUUGGAAUGCUACUGAAAUGAUCUGUGUUGGCAUUGGUCUGCUACAUUCUUGCCAAGGAUUGCGAACCAAAGCGACACUGCAUGGUUGUCAUUGUGAAGAAUAUUAAGAAGCCAUGCAGUGCGGUUGUAUUGAACAUCAGGGAAAGUCGCAUAGCAAGGUGGCACAGUUUUGUUAAGAUUGUUCAGAGGGGUGUGACUCUGGCAUUCAGAGGGCAGUUUUUGCCUUAUUAUGGAAAGGUCAUGUGUUGAAUGUAGUGCUCAAAAAGCAAUGGCACUGCCUUUCUGAUAACCCUGUUCACGUGUGCAAUGCCACACAUUACAGGUGUGGUUUUAUUGAACUCUGGUCAUCAUCUUUUUUACGUGUGCUUUUUUUAGGUUUUGAGAUCUGGGAGGUACCCAUCAGGAGCAAUGACCCACUGUUGCUAUACUAUGUGCAUUUUCAAGAAAACAGAUGUUGGUAUAGAGCACUGGGCCAUUUGCGGGAUGCUGGUUUUACUAAUUUUUAGCUUUGCCUCUUUUACAAGUGAUACUAUGUGAGCUUACAUGGUACAAAAAUUUAUGUGGUCAACUUAUGUUACCAGAAGCCUGUGGGAGUUUGUGUAAAGUGUUGUUCAUGGAUUAUCUGCUAUUUCAGGCCUUUGUUUAUCAGGAGAAAAGAUCAAAGAGUGUGUACAUACAUACUGUAUAUUACAUACACAUACAUAUAUUUUUUGUGGUCUGUUGUGAUCAGCAUAUAGUGUGAUGUUUAUGAUCUCUUGCAACGUCUAGCCAUGUUCUUUCUUUUUAUUGUUGGUAUUGUGAGUGAAUAUACAGAACAAGGAAGGCUUUAAUGACUGUGGUUUUAUGUUGCAAUACCAGUCACUCUCGUACAGAACACUUCAGCCAGGCAGUGUGAUAUUAACCAGCACCUUUAAGACUGAUUUAACUUCAUGCAUCUAAAAACAUUUAGCAUAUGGCACCAUAUUCUUAUCAAGAGGCUUUUUGAGCAUAAUGCCAUUUCAUGGAUGUUUCCAUCAGUGUCUGUAAAUUGCCCGUUUUAUGUACUUCUGUGGAAUUGCAGUUGUGUAGACCAAUAUUGACCUGAACACGUGCUUGCACUUAGUGCUGCUGCACUUACUAAAUGUGUGAAUCAGUGCUUCUAAAUGUGCAUGAUUAGCUGUCAACAUUUGCUAGAAUUGGGGCUCAAAUACGGGUACUGAAGGGGCAUUGAAAUGACUUUUUAUAUACAAAAUGAAGGUAGACAUAUUUGAUAAAAUAAAACAUGAAACUUUGGUAAUGUUAGUCAAGUAUUUUGUCAUGAGACAUUGAGUUUAAUUAAUGGGAAGAAUAAGAGGACAUUUAAGAAUUUAACACAAUGAUGCAUAGUUAUAUGUCCACAGUUACCCUAGCACACAUUAUCUAUUAAAAAAUAAAGAAGAAAAUGCAAGUAGUACAAAAGUAUGAGGAAAAUCAGACGAUGUAAAAGAGCAUUUUGUACCUUUUGAAAUGACUGAAGAUGUGUGGGUAUUUAGAAGACUUCUUGUUUGCUGGACUCUGUGAGUUUCCUGCUUGAGUGCAGUGUUGCUGUCAUUAGCUCUCUCAUGGUCAUUGUUUCCUAUAGUGUGAAAUUGUGCGAGUUAAGUGUGGCCAAAGCGAUGUCUUCGCAAACAAUUAUGUGGCCGACUAAGGUUGCAAUAUUUUGUGUAGAAACGUGAAGGAGUGUAUUAGAAAAUGGACACCUUUCUAAUACCUUUUGCAUAACUAGCAAUGUGUAUCUGUUGCUGUUAUUUGUAUAUUGUGCUGAUCUAUGAGUAUUUACCACCCAAAUACCGUUUUGUAGUGCUGUGAUAUUCAAUUUUUAAACAGUUUUUGUUGUAAUCAUAGCAACCACGUUUUAUCAUAAGCAUCUUUUAACUUUUGUACAUUGUGCUGAUCUAUGAGUAUUUACAAGCCGAAUGCCAUUUUGUAGUGCUGUGAUACUCAAUUUUCUGAACGGUUUUUGUUGUAAUCAUAGCAACCACGUUUAGUCAUAGGCAUCUUUUAACUUCUACUGUGUUUUUGAUAAUGCAAAGCUUUUUAAAUGUGCAAUUAGAUUGUGAUAUGUUUUUUUAUUACGUAUAUUUAAGGAUGGGGCACACUAGAGUGUAGUAUUGGUCUUUGGGCUCCUGUAUGUUGUCAGCACUAUUCUUUAGCUUGUGCUUUGUUUCGGGUUGAACUUGUGUUAGUUUUGUCUGAAUAUUGCACAGAAAAUUUGCAAUAUGGGGUGUUUAAAAGAAGACUAGGUUGGUGUGUAUUGCUUACUUGAAAAAAGAAACGCAACAUUAAGUUUGGAUUCAUGUGUGUGUUCUAUAUUUUGUUUGCUCAACAAUCUUAUUCAUGUUUAAGGUAUGGACGCAGUCUUUAUAGAGCUCUGCACCGUUUUCAGUUUGAUUACAAUUGCUCUGGUCUUUCCUUUUAUGCUUUUCAGUGAUCAGAAGGUUAUACAAGUGUAUAAUAAUAUUGAAUAAAAAUUUUAUGAAUCAAA